AUGGCGCCUCACAAGGUCAAGACUGCCUCAUCGUCGGCUUGGUAUGAGCCAGCCCUUGACGCGCCCAAUGUCUCGGAGAAGAACCUCGCUGCCAUGCGCUUGCUGACAGCAGGGGAAGGCAACAAGAGAGGGAAGACGGAGCUCCGGGUCGCCUCCGACGUGCCAAAGCCCGAGGGGAGCACCAUCUUCCCCUUCUUCACUAGCAACAUCGUUGCAGGGCCGACGCCUGUGGCAAAGAAGAGGAAGGAGGGGGUGGUGGUGCCGUCCGGGACCAACCCACCUGCUCCGUCGGAGUCUCCCUCCAUGGAGAAGGGCAGCAUUGGUGCUCAUGUCUCUCCGGCCCGGUCGUCCUCGCGAGCGGCGCUGAGCCAUGCCGUGGCGACCUCUGAGAAGGAGAAGCAGGCCGCCGCCGAGGCAGCGGCCACUCGCGAGGCGGCGCUAAAGGACGCCGAGGCCGCCAAGAGUUGCUGCCAGGCGCUGGAGGCCGAGCUGAAGACCCUGCGCAGCGAACGCGCAGAGGGAGCCCAUGGCCAUCAGGCAGAGGAGGAGAAGAUGAAAGCCCUGGAGGAUGCCGUCAAGGGUCGCGACACCGAGCUGGAGGAGUCGACAAAGGUGCAGGCCAUUGAGCGCGGCCAACUGGAGGAGCUAGAACGGAAGGUGAAGGCGGAGGUAGCCGAACUUGCUGCGAAGCCGAAGGUUCUGGCUGAGGACCGCGCGGCCUUCGCACUUCUCGAGAAGAGGUCUCGCGAGGCUCUGAAGUCACUCUAUGAGAAGGGCUUGGAGAGGCUGCUGACCACUGACGAGGACGGCCCUGCCCAGCUGCUUCCCUACUUGGUUGCCGCGCUUGAGGAGGUUGUGAGCGGCAUCGGUCCCAUGGCCGAGGAAGAAGCCCGCAUUCUUUCCUCAGCCGCGCUGACGCGGGUCUUUAGCCACCUCCAUCUUCGUGACCCUACCGCUCGCCUUGACGAGCUACUGGAGCCCGUGGCUGAUGAACACUAUACGGCCGCCGCCGCGGCCGUGAAAGGUGGAGGCGAUGCCACCAAGGAAGGAGUACCAUUGGCGGGCGACGGCGGUGUCCAGGGAUCGGGGGAUCGGGGGUGCUCGACGCCGCCGCCGCCCGGAACCCCCGCCGGAGCCACCCUGCCACCCGCUGUCAUCGGUGCUGCCACCUCGUCUUCAUCGCUCAUCCUCAUCCCCCCUCCUCGCGACGCCAACGCCCCGCCGCCCCUGGACAUCGGCGUUGUCGGCGUCCGCCGCACCACCGCCGCCCGGAGACCUCGCCGCCUCGACCUCUUCCCCGUCGUAGACCCCGCCACCGUCGCCGACCCGUCCCCGUCCUCCUCCCCGCCGGACCACAUCGAGCCUCACCGCCACCUCUGCUCUCCAACGCCGGUGAGGGCCAUGCCCUCCUCCUCCCCUCUCUACCCCGUGUGCCACGACCUCGUCCGCCGCUCGCUGUUGCCACCUGACCCGCGCGCCGGCCGCCGGCGGUGCUCUGUCCGCUGCUGCUGCGGCCCGCGCGCUGCCUGCGCCCCACCUCCGCCUCUGCCUCGCCACCGCGCCGCAUCGCCGCGCUCCGCCCGCGAGGCCGCCGCGCUCCGCCCUGUCCGACCCGCGCAUCACCUGCGUUUCGACCGCCGCCUUGCUUCCCCCCCGUCGCUGCACCACGCCUUGCAUGCGCCCCCACCGCAUCCUCCCACGCGCGCCUCCCCGACCGGCGCCUCCUGCCGGCGGAUCCCGUCGAGCUCCCGCGCUCCGGCAGCGGCCACGGCCACAGGCGCCAAGCCGCGAGCCCGCCCUUCGCACGCCGCCCCGCAGCGCCUGCACGGGCGACAGCCGUAA